CGCUUCUACUCGGCACUGGUGCAUCUGAUCAUAUCUCCUGGCGCUAGUUGCGUCCAUUCGCUCAGAUCCACCAUAUUCUUACCCUUUGAUCCCAUGCUUGAAUACUGAGCUGGACUCCAUCCAGGUUACUUGAUUGAUCAUGGUUCAAUCAGAAACUACGAGUCCUUAUUUCGCCGCAGCUAAGUCACGCUCUGUUGAGCAAAUGCAGCCACGGCCUCCUACGCCACCAAGAGAGUCCCCUCGGUCAGCCUCAAAGACGAAACGAUCGGUAGAAAAAGACUGUUCUAUAGACAGUGCUACCGAGUCUCUAGUGGAGCCAUCUUCGCGAGAGAUCACGCCUCCCUCUUCCUCUGGGGAUAACGCGACUGUGAAACCCAAGAAGCGUGUCGGCUGGUCCCCAUGGACAAAGUAUCAUAAGCCAGAUUCGCUAUUAUCCGUGACUCCGAUUCGAUCAGCAAUCGACCCGAAGUCUUUGAAGUCAAUUCUUAAGCCCUACAGCUCUCCGAUACCCCUUUUUGACGAUAAAAUGUCUUCCGAGCAACCCAUUCCUGAGUCAUUGCCCAAGUUGUUGGAUUCCAUCAUUCAAGCGCUUGAAUCGACCGAGCGCAGCAAGAAAAUCGACGCUUAUGUUACGUUCUCCAACGGCAUGAAGGCAUACGAUAAUAUACUAAAUUUAGCGCUCAUGGAGGAGAAACUCCCUUCCUUGUGUGUGUUCAUAAAGCGGGAUUUUGAUGCCAAGCUGGACGAGAGCGGGAAGUCUGACAGUCAGCUCAUCCAGCAAGCUAUUAAGGUAUUGACCAUCCUCGCUUGGACGCUCCGGUUGGCGGAAUCGAUGGAUGAUGGAGUGGCAUCAUGGUUUCUGCAAACCGCUAUAGACCGAGUGCAGGAUGGUCAUACACCUAAGCUCAUCGUUAAUCACCUUCUUCAUUUCCUUGCCCAGCAGCGGUUCCCACAGCGCAUUAUGACUUCUGAGAGGGCAAAUCAAAUUAUUACAGCGCUUGACAGUCUUGAUCAACGGGUUACGGGAAAAUCUAUUACGAAGGAACGCAUCGACAUCUAUUUCAGAUUAUUGUCUCAGGCUAGGCAGACCAUGCUCACGAGGGUAAACGAUUGGAUGGACAAUUUGUUUGGUGGCCUUUUGAGCAGUGUGAAGGAAGUGCGGAAUCGUGCACUAGCCUGUGUGGCGGAAAUCCCAAGAGCCCUGGGAAGCGAGAAAUCUACUGCCCGUUGCUUGAAUAACAUAUUUAGCAGGGAUACUGCGAACGGCAAACGCAUGUUUGAAUUGAUCAAAGAGCGCCUCGAACUUUUUAUUAAGGAUGGCGAGGGCGUGUUUGUUGCCCGGAUGUGGGGUGUUGUGCUUCUGCUCAUCCGAGUAACAGCAGCUGAGCAAUGGGAGUUCUUCACUCACUGGCUGCGGGUUAUUGAGGGCUGUUUUAACGUAUCAGAUAAGGAUGUGAAGGUAGAAGCCCAGAUAGCCUGGCAAAAGCUUAUAUAUGCUAUGAAUAUCGGUCCAACCACCACCCGCAAACUUUUGGAGCUUCUCUGCAAACCUCUUGGUCAGUAUCUUGACCCGAAGAACGCGUUAUCUAACACUAAGCGGCCACGGAUGGCGGCAAUGGUUAAUAUAUCAGUUCUGCUUUAUUACGGGUUUCGCCCCAAUGCCCCCCACAAGCAGCUCUCUGAAAUUUGGGAUGUCGUGGUUGUAGGUGUGCUCGAGAGGUUAGCUCUAUCCAGUAAGGAUGAAGUGGAAGGUGGAUGCAAAAUACUUUCGGCCGUGUUUGAAGGAUCUAUCCAGAAGCCUUGGUCUGAAGACCGCGUCUUGAAACCUCCUACUAUGUCACCAAACGAACUCCCGAGGCUUGACCCUAAGUGGGUUAGAUCGAAUAGCGCAAUAGUCUUGAGAACAGUCGAAACUGCCCUCCGACGCACCCCGUGGAAGACUAGCGAGACCGAGGACGGUCCGAAGCUCCUUUGGGUUAGAUUUGUCAAAGCGGUUUCCGAUGCUGGGAGUAAGGAAAUUAAAAUAUCGGGAGAUCUCAUGGAUGCUGUGGCUCAGCUUCUUGCCCUGUUCCGUCGGAUGUGGAAAGUUGGGCCCGUGGCCUUCAAUGAAACACAAGUCGGUUCCUCGGAGUCCUUCAUAAGGAAGUUCGUUUUCUUGAUUAAUGCAGCCAUAUCUGCCCUCGGGACAUUGCCAUUCACGGAGAAGCUCUUGGCUCUUGACGAGGAGAACAACUUCGCACCCGCAGCCACGCCUCCGCAUAAGUAUUCUUCUGGCAAUAGCUCUAUGAUUAUCUAUUCUCCGGUUUUGCACAUGAUCUCCAUGUUUCUUCUACCUACAGAAGGUGUAGUUCUGGAUGAAGAGUAUCACGACUGUGUUAAAGCUAUCCUCUGGAGAUGCUGUAGCUCACAGGACUCAAGAAGAAAGAAGCUAGCGCUAAUAGCUUCAUGUGCAAACUUGCUUCCAUACAAAGAUGCUGAUAUGUUAGGCCUUGGUAUGUGGCAAACGCUCGCAGAUUUAGUGGCUCUUUCGCUGCCUAUACCGACCCGGGAGAGAAUACUGCUCAGUCCAUCACCGGUGGGAGGCGAGUUCAGAGAUGCAGUGAAAGUGCUUGAGUGGGGUUGCCGUUAUGAUUUGCCAGGAUGGGAGUCACUGCUGAGUCGGCUUUGCGAAACCGUGCAAAAUGAACAAGGUGAUGUGCAUCUUGCCAUUGGGAUCAUUGACCCCCUUGCCGAAAUCAUUAGGCACCAAUCGGUCGAUUAUAAUAAGGGUCUUCAACUAUGCAAGUAUCUCGUCGACAGGGUCCAUUAUUCCAAAGCGAAACCCCACGGAGAUGGAGCCUCCCGCACACCCCUCGUAGUACUUGGGCGGAAGCCGAACACAACUGAGCCACUUGAGAAGUUAUAUGAUCUGAUAGAUCAUUUACUGCGCAAAUCUUAUUCUUCCAAUGUUGAGGGAAAGGCUCUGUCCGAGACAAUAACCUUAUUGGAUAUCCUGGGCGAUCUUUCUAGCAGGUGCCCCCCGACAUCCCUUGUAGCCUUGCUCAAGCGCACUCAGGAGGGGGUUGGUGUGUGGGUUCUUGACUUAGAUCACCUGAUUAAGACGAAGCAGGGCGAGGGUGUAGUUCAAAUGCUCAGCGCCUGGACAAAGAUCACCGACGCUAUCGUUCGUCUUCCACAGCACGACGGAAAGAUCCUCGCGGACCUAGCUACUCUCAUCAAGUGUGGCCUUGAAAGCCGGCUCAAACCCAUCGUCAACAUUUCAGUCAAGUCAUGGAACUUGACUUUUGGUGAACAGGAAUCAAUUAUCUACCCAAAGCGUGUUCGAGGGGCGUUAAAGAGACUGCGGCCUAUUGCUGAUUUAAAGCUUCCCUCGUUCCCUGACGAGUUGGAAGGUGAUAUUAUUCCAACCCCUCCACAAUUUUCUGAAUCUCAGGAAAAGUUCGAGGAACUGAUGCAAGAGAAAGAGGUUUGGAUGAGUCCAACCCCCUCGCGGUCUGGGACCUCGCCCUUUAGACGCCGGUCAAGGGCUUCUUCGCCACUAACAGGGCAAAGGGAGGGUUUAUUCAGUUCCCGCCCAAGGCGAUCACUUGGCACGAGAAAUCUACAAAACCCCCCCGCUCGCCCUAAACAUACGGAUUCUCAAAUCGAGUUUGUCGCCAUUGAAACCGACCCAGCGGAGAAAGGCAGCUCCAUUUCAAGUUCACAACUCACUGAAAGACAGAAGGAAAUGAAGGAAAGGCAGUCAGAAACCGCAGCCCUCUUCGGAAACCUGAAUGCCUAUUCCACCAGCAAGCGUGGCAGGUUACCGAAUGAUUCUGCUAAGGCCACAAGUAGUCUACGAAGCAAACGACUCUCUCGUAGUCCCAUAAAAGAUUCCGGAAGAUCGCGUUCCGGUGAAUCACUUCAAACCAGAUUCAGCCCAGCGGAUCUUCCCGAGUCACCAUUGCCCAAAUAUACUGGUAGCCCCAUGACACAGGCACCUGAAGCUCAAUCCCCUAAAGGGCCAGUGGUGGACAUUACGACUAACCCUCCCAGGGCCCAAGACACCGGUGAAAUGGUCGAUAUCAUAGACGAUGCUAUCAAUGAGGCCGAAACGAGGCAAGGCUCUAGUUCACCCUCUAUCGAGGGCGACGAUUUUGUUGAUGCCCCGGAGAAUCGCAUCUCCAGUGGGGAGGAGGUUGAAGAAGUACCUAAGAACUCGGCCGACAUAGUCGUUGAAAUAUCUUCCGUUCAAGGCAGUAGAGUUUGUGAUGAGCGAUCCCACAUAGAAUCUCGUUUCAUCCCAGUCUCUUCAGAGGAUGAAGAGAGUUCAAAAAUUAACGAGCCAAACACAGAAUCGGAUAACCCUCAAAGUCGGGAACCAAGCCCUGGGGUCCAGAUAAUGACGGAGGAACGCGCAGCAUCCAAACUUCCAGCAAAGCGCAGACGUGCAUGUUCAGGACCAAGACGACGAUCUCUUGCACGAAAGGCCUCCGAAUCCCCAAAGAAAAUAUCAGGCACUAUCACUGUUGCCGAGCCCGACGCGCCACACUCGAAGUCACCCAUGUCGUCCUACCCUGCGCAUGAGGAACAGACUGAGUCCUCGCCCCAAAAGUCCCAAUCCACUUCAAUCUCAUCUCCAUCCAAAAAUUCCAGCUCUCCUGGAAAACUCGCAACAAUUUCUACAAUGUCACCACCAACCACUAGGUCAUCUGUGAAAAAGGCUGCCAUUGCAAAACCACCAGCUUCCACUAAAUCUACGCGCAAGCGCAAGCUAGAAGCCGUCGACCACUAUGGCUCGAACAACGACGAGAACCCGAGUUUCGAGAAUUUAGCAACGCCUACACCGAAGCGUCGUAAUACCGCCAGCUUACCCGUAAGACGCACCCGAUCGUCUACCAAAGAAUCAUUCAAAAGUAAUGACAACGGUCCAGAUGUUUCAUUCAUUGAGGAGACUCAGCUCCGUGUCAAUUCGUCAAUUGAUGACUCCCAAGACCACGUCGAUGAACUUGUGGGGCCUACUCCCUACGUUGGAUCGAAGGCGCAUACCCUUUUCACAGAGGGAACACCGAAGUCCAGCCGAGGAAAGGGCCGAUUAGACUCAACCGCACGACCCGAAACUGCCGAAGAUACCCCGAAGACCCCCAAGACUCCAAGACGCCUCAAGAGGAAGUCGCUGGGUGCUCAUAGGCAGUCUCAGGAUUUUACACCCAUGGUUGAUUCAGAAAAGGAGGCGGAUGCUGGGCCAUCCAAGGGAAUUGGAGCUCGCAGAAGCUUGUCGACAAGACAACUAGAAACCCUAUCGGAGCCUACUAGUGGAGAAACUGCUAUUGAUGGAUUACAGAAGGCAUUGAGAGCCUUGGAGAGUGCAAGCCUAACGCCAGACGAAUACCGUUGGGCGGAAAAUAUCCUGUUUGACGCAUUCUCCCAACUUCGUAGGAAAGGGAGAAAGUAG